AUGGGUCUGCAGGUGUUCGUAUGGCCCUCUUUACGGCCAUCGUCCCGUAAAGUGGACCCGACCAGGACGGCAACGCGAAGUGUUCUCCGGGCUGCGUGGGAUUUGAAUACCUUCCCUGGUGCUCUCCUGUGCGCAGCGCAGAGCGGCACCGUCGCGUUCCUCACGAGGGGAGCUCCCUACGACAGAGUGUGGCUGCCGAGGGGACUUCACUGGUGUCGCCGGAUCGAUGUGCGAGUGUACGCGUGUCUUCUUUACUUCUCAACAUUUUUAAAAAGUGCCUUUGUGUUUUUCGAAUUUGUUGUGAAUGCUGACAUGGGAAUGAUCGAUGAAGAAGCCGAUAUGCCGGUGCGAGACGGUUUGAAGAAGUCGCUAGUCGGCGUAAUAGACGAUGGGACGAAAACGGUCAGAUUUGUGAUAUUCGAGGCGGAGCGCUCCGAGGAGCUGGCCGCGUACCAAUUGGACAAGACCGAGGUGCAACCGCAGGAAGGGUGGUACGAACAGGACCCGAUGGAGAUUCUGAGCCACAUAAGGCUCUGCGCGGAGAACGCGAUCGGGCAGCUGAGCGAACUGGGCUAUUCUAAAGAAGACAUCGUCACUUUGGGAAUAACAAAUCAGAGGGAGACAACUAUAGCCUGGGACAAGUUUACCGGCGAGCCUUUGCAUCCUGCGAUAGCGUGGAACGACAUACGAACGAACGCGACCGUGGACUGGAUCCUGGCUAAAGUGCCCGACCGCAACAAGAACUAUCUGAAGGGCAUCAGCGGUCUACCAAUCAGCCCGUACUUCAGCGCCCUGAAGAUGCGCUGGCUGAAAGACAACGUCAAAGCCGUUAGGAGGGCGAGCCGAGACAAGAGGCUGCUCUUCGGCACCGUCGACUCCUGGAUCAUGUGGAAUUUAACCGGGGGCCCUAAAGGCGGUCUGCACGUGACCGACGUUACGAACGCGUCCAGGACCCUCCUGAUGGAUCUGGAAACGUUGAAUUGGGACCCUAUGCUCUCUAGGUUGUUCGGUAUACACCGUGACACCCUGCCACAGAUACGUAGCAGCUCCGAGUUGUACGGCUGCGUGAAGGACGGCUCCGUUCUGGAGGGGAUAAGCAUAUCCGGGAUCCUGGGCAACCAGCAGGCGGCGCUGGUGGGCCAGAACUGUCUGUCGGCCGGCCAGGCGAAGAACACCUACCGCAGCGGGUGCUUCCUCCUCUACAACACCGGCCCACGAAGGGUCCAAUCCACCCACGGGCUGGUCACUACGGUCGCCUACAAACUGGGCCCCGACGCGCCCGCCAUCUACGCGCUAGAGGGCUCGAUAGCGGUGGCCGGCGGGGCGAUGAAGUUCCUCCGCGACAACCUGAAGCUGAUCAGGGACGUCGCCCAGGACACGGAGCACAUUGCGGGCCAGGUCUUCUCCACGGGCGACGUCUACUUCGUGCCGGCCUUCAGCGGUCUAUUCGCGCCCUACUGGCGGAAGGACGCGCGCGGCAUCAUCUGCGGUCUUACCGCGUUCACCACGAAGAAUCACAUCAUAAGGGCCGCUUUGGAAGCGGUCUGUUUCCAGACAAGGGACAUACUGGAGGCAAUGAACAAAGACUGCGGUAUGCCUCUGUCCAAGCUCCACGUUGAUGGGAAGAUGACGUCGAACGAUCUUCUUAUGCAAUUGCAGGCAGACCUGAUCGGGAUGCCAGUGCUGCGCGCCCACACGUGGGACAUGUGCGCUCUGGGCGCGGCCGUCGCGGCUGGGAUGGCGUGCGGCACGUGGAGCGCAGACAGGUGGCGACGCCACUCCACCCACAGCGACACCUUCCUCCCCACCACCACGGAUGACGAUCGCGACGCGCGGUACACCAAGUGGAAGAUGGCGGUGCAGCGCUCGCUCGGCUGGGCGACGGCGAAGCGGUCGAUCGCGAUGACAGGUCAGGCUAAGAGGAGGCACAGCGCCGCGGCCCCCCUCCCCCCCGGCGCCCCCGCCCCCACCCCGCCGCCGAGCAGGAAGGGCUCCCUGAUCGAGCCCCUUUCGGGCCCCAUCGGCCCCCAAGACGAGGGCACCAACUACGUUCAGGAGCUGCUCAAGUACUCCGCCCGCAAGUUCUCCGUGUUCCUGCCGAGCGGCGAGGACAGCUCGACGAUCCUCGACCACGCGGAGCACUUUAUGGGCAAGCGCGAGUGCGACUACGGCAUGUGCCAGUGUUGCCCGCCCCGCCGCUGCCUCCCGACGGACUGGGAGACGAUCGAGGAGAUAAUCGAGAACGACCCCGAGAUAAUAUUCGACGGGGACGACAACCCGAUCGUGGUGGAGCGUGUGAACGGCGUCCGCACAAAGAGCGCACAGCCAAUAGUGCCGGACGUGUUCCAGCACAUUUGCAGUAGGCUGGCGCAGGCGCCGAUCGAC